GAAGGCGGCGCCGGCGGCGGCUCUCUCGCUGCGCCUGCUCCCGCGCGCUGCCCUCCCGCCGCUGGUGGGCUCCGGAGCCUCGGGCUGCCCGCGGUCCCUGCGCCGCAGUGGCCACAGCCUUCCACUUAUUCUGCGCGGGGGCGCCCGGGCCAGUACAGCCGGUCUCGGGGUGCUCCCUUCUCCCACUCGCAGCUACCCCGUGGAGCUGGCUCGGGCACCCCACUUUGCCCCCUCGUUCGUCUCCUGAGCUGGGCGCGAACUUGCCCAUCCGCAGGUCGACCCUGCCCCCAAGAACUCUGUGCUCCUUGAGGUCGAGCGGGUCACCAGCCUGGAGCACAUCGAUUAGGGGGCGACUUUGGGGAAGUGGCAGAGAGCAGUGGCUGCCUCCACUUCUCUCUCUCGGUGCUGAAGAGGAGCCGCUCCGGGCCCCAGGGCGCUGGAUGACUGGCACGAGGAGCGCGCCCCGCACCUGGUGAGCGAGCUCCCUGCCCGAUUCCCGCUUGGCGGUGGACUGAGCCUGUAGCCGGGACCCAGGGACAGCAGCGUUUGGCUAGUGGGUGGUGUAGAUCUCGGAUAGGGUCGAUCUGCAGGCACCUGGGCGGGGACAGCCUGGUAGCUGCGCGUACUGGAAUAGGACCACCAUCAGUGCGGGGGCGCCCACAGUUGAGCUAGUGCACGGGCUCGAAGUUUGUGUUCUCGCCUUUGCAGAGGUCUGAGAGUGUGGAGCAUUGGUGUGUGAGAGCGGGGCUUGAGUGCCCAUGUGGCUGUGGAGUUCAGUGAUUCAUGACUGAGGACGUUCGGUGUCUGCCCUCUCUCUCCUUGGCACCUUUCACACAUGAGGGAGGCACGAACUUCAUAGAAGGCAAGCACCUAGCGUCAAAGACCCCCUGCCCACCAUGAAGGGUGCCUGCGCCAUUGCAUGGCUGUUCUCAAGCUUGGGUAUGUGCAGACUCGUGCAGCCGGAGGCGCAGGAUGCUGCCCAGUGCGAGAGAGCUGAGCACCCCGUCAUUUCCUACAAAGAAAUUGGCCCCUGGUUACGGGAGUUCAGAGCGAAGAAUGCUGUGGAUUUCUCGCAGUUAACAUUUGACCCAGGACAGAAAGAACUUGUUGUAGGAGCAAGGAACUACCUCUUCAGAUUGCAGCUUGAGGACCUGUCUCUUAUCCAGGCCGUGGAGUGGGGGUGUGACGAGGCCACCAGGAAAGCCUGUUACAGCAAGGGCAAAUCCAAGGAGGAGUGUCAGAACUACAUCCGGGUGCUUUUGGUGGGUGGCGACCGGCUCUUCACCUGUGGAACAAAUGCCUUCACACCGGUGUGCACCAACCGCUCGUUGAGUAACCUGACCGAGAUCCAUGACCAGAUCAGUGGCAUGGCACGCUGUCCAUACAGUCCCCAGCACAACUCCACGGCUCUGCUCACGGCUGGUGGGGAGCUUUAUGCUGCAACGGCCAUGGAUUUCCCAGGGCGUGAUCCCGCCAUUUACCGAAGCCUGGGGAUUUUGCCGCCUCUCCGCACGGCCCAGUACAACUCCAAAUGGCUGAACGAACCAAACUUCGUGUCCUCCUAUGACAUUGGAAACUUCACCUACUUCUUCUUCCGAGAAAAUGCCGUGGAGCAUGACUGUGGGAAGACCGUGUUCUCCAGAGCUGCCCGGGUCUGCAAGAACGACAUCGGAGGGCGCUUCCUGCUGGAGGACACCUGGACCACCUUCAUGAAGGCUCGCCUGAACUGCUCCCGGCCCGGGGAGGUGCCCUUCUACUACAACGAGCUGCAGAGCACGUUCUUCCUACCUGAGCUGGAUCUCAUCUAUGGCAUCUUCACCACCAACGUGAACAGCAUUGCGGCCUCAGCUGUGUGCGUCUUCAACCUCAGCGCCAUCUCCCAGGCCUUCAACGGGCCCUUCAAGUACCAGGAGAACUCCCGCUCGGCCUGGCUGCCAUAUCCCAACCCCAACCCCAACUUCCAGUGUGGCACUGUGGACCAGGGCUUGUAUGUGAACCUGACGGAGAGGAACCUGCAGGAUGCUCAGAAGUUCAUUCUGAUGCAUGAAGUGGUGCAGCCAGUGACCACAGUGCCCACCUUCAUGGAGGACAACAGCCGCUUCUCCCACGUGGUCGUCGAUGUGGUGCAGGGCAGAGACACCCUCGUCCACAUCCUCUACCUGGCCACAGAUUAUGGCACCAUUAAAAAAGUGCGUGCGCCACUGAAUCAGUCCUUGGGAAGCUGUUUGCUGGAAGAGAUCGAGCUCUUCCCGGAGAGGCGCAGGGAGCCCAUCCGGAGCCUGCGAAUCCUCCACAGCCAGAGCGUCCUGUUCGUGGGGCUGCAGGAGCAUGUAGUCAAGAUCCCCCUGAAGAGGUGCCAGUUCCACCGCUCACGCAGCACCUGCAUUGGCGCCCAGGACCCUUACUGCGGCUGGGACGUGGUGAUGAAGAAAUGCACGAGCCUGGAGGAGAGCCUCAGCAUGACCCAGUGGGAGCAGAGCCUCUCCACCUGCCCGAUCAGGAAUCUCACUGUGGACGGGCACUUUGGACCAUGGUCUCCGUGGACGCCCUGCACGCACACGGAUGGCACUGCUGUGGGAUCCUGCCUCUGCCGGUCCCGUUCCUGUGACAGCCCGGCCCCCCAGUGUGGCGGCUGGCAGUGCGAAGGCCCCAGCAUGGAGAUCGCCAACUGUUCCAGGAACGGAGGCUGGACUCCCUGGACCUCAUGGUCGCCCUGCAGCACCACCUGUGGGAUCGGCUUCCAGGUGCGGCAGCGGUCUUGCAGCAACCCCACCCCCAGGCAUGGGGGCCGGGUGUGUGUGGGACAGAACCGUGAGGAGAGAUACUGCAAUGAGCAUUUGCUAUGUCCACCGCACAUGUUCUGGACAGGCUGGGGUCCUUGGGAACGGUGCACAGCCCAGUGUGGUGGUGGCAUUCAAGCUCGCCGCAGGACCUGUGAGAAUGGGCCCGAUUGUGCAGGCUGCAACGUGGAAUACCAGCCUUGUAACACCAAUGCAUGUCCUGAGCUGAAGAAGACCACGCCCUGGACCCCCUGGACACCUGUCAACAUCUCUGACAAUGGCGGCCACUAUGAACAGCGAUUCCGGUACACCUGCAAAGCCCGCCUGCCCGAUCCCAAUUUGCUGGAAGUGGGAAGGCAGAGGAUUGAAAUGCGGUACUGUUCCAGCGAUGGGACCAGCGGCUGCUCCACAGAUGGCCUGUCUGGGGACUUCCUGCGAGCCGGGAGAUACUCAGCCCACACCGUCAACGGGGCCUGGUCAGCCUGGACGUCGUGGUCACAGUGCAGCCGCGACUGCAGCAGGGGCAUUCGGAACCGGAAGCGGGUCUGCAACAAUCCUGAGCCCAAGUACGGUGGCAUGCCCUGCCUGGGCCCGUCCCUGGAGUACCAGGAAUGCAACAUCCUGCCCUGCCCAGUGGACGGCGUGUGGUCCUGCUGGUCAUCCUGGUCAAAAUGCUCAGCCACAUGCGGGGGUGGACACUACAUGAGGACCCGCUCGUGCACAAAUCCAGCCCCAGCCUACGGAGGGGACAUCUGCCUGGGACUGCACACGGAGGAGGCGCUCUGCAACACCCAGCCCUGCCCAGAAAGCUGGUCAGAGUGGUCAGACUGGUCCAUGUGCGAUGCGUCUGGCAUCCAGAUCCGCGCCCGCCAAUGCAUCCUUCUGUUCCCUGUGGGUGUCCAGUGUUCCGGAAACACCACCGAGACCCGGCCAUGCGUUUUUGACUCUAAUUUCAUCCCAGAAGUAUCUGUUGCAAGAUCAAGCAGUGUAGAGGAGAAAAGGUGUGGAGAGUUCAACAUGUUCCACAUGAUCGCCGUGGGGCUUAGCAGCUCCAUCCUCGGCUGCCUCCUCACCCUGCUCAUCUACACCUACUGCCAGCGCUACCAGCAGCAGUCCCAUGACGCGACCGUCAUCCACCCCGUCUCUCCCGCCCCCCUCAACACCAGCAUCACCAACCACAUCAACAAACUGGACAAGUACGACUCUGUGGAGGCCAUCAAGGCAUUUAACAAAAACAACUUGAUCCUAGAGGAAAGAAACAAGUACUUCAACCCGCACCUCACGGGGAAGACCUACUCCAACGCCUACUUCACAGAUCUCAAUAAUUACGAUGAGUACUAGUAGCGCUUAGUCCUCGGUUUUUGUAAAUCCUCAGUUCCUCAAAGCCUGUGCUCCAUGACUGCCCAUGUUUCUGAGGCUUCAGACAUAAAGUGUGGAUAGACUUCAAGUGCAUUUCAAGCCAAUAGUGUCCCAUUGCUGCGAAAAAAAAAAUACACAUCCUUAAAAGCAACAAAAAUCGAACUGUGGCGUCGUGAAAGUCUGGUCCAUAACAAUCACUUGAUCAUUGUUGAGUGAGCCAUGGUGUGACAUUUGUUUUUUAAUUAUGUUCAGUCCAUUUUUCUAAAAACCUAUUGUUUCCAUGAGCUUUAUUUUAUCAGUGUGCCGCUCAUAUUGGAAGGAAUCUUUAGAAAGAAAAAAAUGUCUUUUUGCUUUUAAGUGUAAAUCUUCCUGAUGUUUUAAUUUGAGGAAAUGGGUAUCAGAGACCGCCUCCCUCCACAAGGUCCAUAGUAUUUGAUAAAACAACAAAAAUGAAGUGGCCAGGCAGUUUUUCACCCUGGAUCACCCAAGGUCCUGAUCUGGGUGAUAUUGUGGAUUCUCAGAAGCAAACUUGUGUUUGGACUUGAAAUAAUUCUUGCCCAGGGAAGCCCAGGGGUUCCACCUGACCUGGACCUGCAGAGGUAAGGGUCAACCAAGACGUCCUGCUGUGGCCUGGGGUAUGACUGUUCUCCCUGUGCAGGUGAGCAAGGGGGCAGAGGCUCAGACACAGGGAGGUGUGGCCGUGGCUAGCAACUUGCUGCAGAACCAACCUUCUUCUGACUCUUGGACUGCAUGGUGUUCCCGGGAGAUCCUCGCCACACUGUUGGCCUGGAGCCUCCCGUCUGGCCAUGGUGACAUCCUGAAGAGCCGGCAUCUAGAGGAACUACUGGUACAGCAUUUGGACAGACUGUAUACCUUCUUUCUCCCUGCAAAGAACAAUUCUGGACUUUUAUGAUGCUGAUUAAGGAAAGUAUUAAAAAUACUGAACUAUAAUUGAAAACAACCUUUUUUUAUUUUCCACGUUAUGCCAAGUGUUGAAAGAACUGACAUUUAAUGAAAUAUCUUUUUGUUCUCCAUCUCCCUGAUGUAACUAAUGUAUGGCAAUCAGCCCCUACUAGAGCAUUAAUGAUGUGUAAAGCUGGCUCUCCAGAGCCCACCUCAGUCUACCUGAUGGGACCCCCAGCAGAAGCUGCACUCACUGCCCUAGGCCAAGGGAGGAGGGAGAGUUUUGUUCCGGUGCCUUCUCUUUACCCCAGUCUGCCUCCCAUCCACCCAGUCCCACCAAGUCCCACUCUUCCCUGCAGAGAGGCAAAGGCAGUUCAGGUGCACUUGGAAGUAAGGAUGGAUGAUCUCCAUGGUCUCAGCGUUGGUCAUUAAUUAACGAUUCAUAGUGUUUUAAAGCCAUUGCUAGAAGUCCCCAGAAGGAAAAGAAAAGAUCAAAAUUUUACACAACUGACACGUAGCAUGUGGCAGCUGGUUCAAUAAUUAUUGAAAGAACAAAAUUGAAAAUGUUCAUCUGAAUCCUCCGGGCAUUGUGAUAAAGGCCUGAGUAGAUAGCUAUAUCUGUUCUUCUUGAUAAAUGGACCUUCAGAUCUGUGAAAAUAUAUAGUACGGGUAGCGAAGAACACAGAACAUUAUUAGCAUAUGCGUUUUCACUAUAUCCAAUUUAAAGAAGCAAUUUCAGAAAAUGUUGGAAAACUAUGAUUAAUAAUGAAUAUUGUACAAUUCAAAAGAUUCCCAAAUGCCCAAAUUUGCAAAAAUGGUUCUGUAUUAAAAUUUUAAAAAUGGCAAGUGGGCUCUAGGAGAUGUGCUAGGUUGGAUCUGGAAUGUUAGAUUGUAAAUGGUUGAUGUACAGGACCUCACCAGUGGGGCUCCAUGUGGCAUUUCAUGCAUUCUAGGCACACUGCAAAAGAGUCCACUGCUGUACACACGUUCUUGAAAUCCGCACUAACAGGUAAAAUGCACAGAUGGCUGGUUGGGUUUUCAUUGUCUGCUUGGACUCUUUACUUUCUGCUAAGAAAAAGUUUUUUCACUCUGUUAAAUGAACUGACUCUCUCUCUCUCUCUCUCUCUCUCUCUCUCUCUCUCUCUUUCACACACACACACACACACACACACACACAUACACACACACACACACACAUCUUCCCUUCUUGAAUAUUUUCUCAGUUUCAAAGUCACUUUACUUCCCCUAAGAGGGAGAAUGCUAAAUUUCAAGAACUUGUCAUUGGGCUUAAUGGACAUGCUUCCAGUGGCAUCUAAGCUGGUCUCUACUACAUGUAUGUAAAUGCAGGGUACACCCUCUGCACCCCAGAGCUCUCAUGGUGUGGACAGUAGAAACCCUCUAGAGUACUACUGUGAAAAAAGCCCCUCACUCACUGCUACCUGACACUGUAUUCAAAGGAAAAUCGCCUCCCCACCUCACCCUCUCUCUUGUUUGGCAGAACCAUGUUUGGUUUGGCUGUAUUUGAGCUGGAGUUCGAGUCUUUUAACCACCUGUGGGAGAAUAGUCCCCCAUCACUGCACUGCUAUUCCCUGCUCCAGACCCCUCCUGUCUACAUGAACCCUCCUGCAGAGAUGUCUGUCUAAGAGUCUGACUGGACUUAGCCUCAGUAUGAGGGAAAGGGAAGAGGGCUUCUGUGUGCAUAGUGGUGGGCAGAGACUGAAUGAAUGCUCUGAAGGCCUCCUCACCAAGGAGUCACCUGAGUCCAUAGAUAGGGUCUUCAGUGGACCAGCUUCUGGCCCCACUGGCCCAUAGGCCAUGCCAGAGAAAAAAGAAGCAAACAUGGGAACAAUAAGUAGGUGCCAUGGAAAGAUGAGGUCUUGUCACUCCCCUGUGAGUGCUAAGGCCAGGCCCUGUGGGGGAUCACGGUCCACAUGCACAGUCCUGUGGGCAUGACCUAUGGACUCUUCCAGGAUCAGCUGCCCAGAGUGCAGCAGUCCGAGGCAAAGGUGUCCUUGUUUAUAUUCUUACACAAAAGGGUGGAAAUCACGGGAGCCAAAGCCUAUUCCAGUGAAUGUUCUGACCAGAAUAUUUGGUAGAAUUAAUGGGUCUUGCCUUUGACAUUGUGGACAAAGUCUUAGCAAGGCAGACUCCGUGUCCCCAAGAUAUCACUAAAGGUUACAUUAAAGUUUAAUGGGAUGUUACAGGAAUUUUUUUCCUAGACAUAAUACAUCAGGGAUGGAUCCAGCUAUUCAUUUUGCCUAAACACAACUUUGAUAGCAUUUGAAUUUACAAAUAUUCUUAUACUUCUUUACUCUAUUUGUCUUGCUUUUGUAAUAAAUCAAAUUAGUUCCCUGAGCACUGGUCAAGCCAUUUCCCUCAUCUGCAUGGCCCCAGAGCCAUCAACUUUCUGUAGCUUUGAAGUGUUCUUUAUACUUCAGUGAGACUUUCCUGAUUUGAGUGGCAUUUGGAGAUAACUCCAGUGAGUUUAGUGUCUCUGUCUCAGAACAUGUCUCUAGAGCACCUUCCGGAGGCAGCAGGGAACAUAGGUUGAUAAAGUGAACUAAAUUAACAUUAAAAUUGCCAUUUCGCAAGUGACAAGCUAGGUCUAAAUCCCACAGCUCAAAUAAUCAAAUUAAACUAGUAACGUGAAAUCAACUCGUAUGCAAACUUUCUGCCAUUGUUUUUAAUGAUCCAAGCUGGAGUUUGCUGAUGGAAUUGGCCAUGACCAGCACAUCCAUUCUUCCAAAAGCCUCCAUCUCUUCAUGGGGAUUUAUGCUGACAUGACAUUGUCAGUAUUUGAUUACCUAUUAUCAUCCAUGAUUAUCUAUUAUUGGAUACUAGAAGCCAUUCUGAGCACCCUGCUUAUUUGGACAAUGAGUGUGAAAUGGUAGUGUGCUUUCCCGUAAAAUGUCGCUAGUGCCUUGUUGAAGAUGAUGGAGUACCGUGACACUCAAUAGUGUGGGUUCCAGUUAGAAGCAGACGGUUGAUUGGAUAUGUUUUAAAGAAAAUCAGCCUUACACACCACUCUGAACUCAGGAAUAGAAAAUGACCAAGACACACUUCAUCUCCAGGUGUGCAUUUGCUCCCACUGGGCAAUGGUGUAUUCAGAAAAGUGGGAAACCCCUCCUCAGUCUCCCAGAAACUGACAUGGCUCUAAUUCCUACAUCUUCCAGAACACACAGCAGCAUCUGUCCUUAACAGGAAGGUCAGUAUGAUGCCUGUACAAGUUAGAGGCCUUUGUUUCUGUCCCCCUCCAGGCAAGUGCACAGGAAGAGCGAAACCAGACACAUGCUGUUAACAAUUGGUACAGAGUUGGGUGUGGAAGGAGGACCACCUAGAACAUUGUCUAAUUGAUUAUUUUUGUAGAUUCAACGUCAACACUGCUUCACAUAUUUGCAAAAGUUGUUAAUUUGUGUUUUUUUUUUAAAUUUAACAAUGUUUUCUCUGCUAAAGUGGACUGCUUUUGCUUUAUACCAUAACCGUGGUCAAAAAUCAAGCUUGAACUUCUGCACAUGGAUGGAAAGCAGCACAGGCGCCUCAGCCCCAGCACCUGGAGACACCACAGCAGCUCCGCACAGCUGCUAGGAAAAUGCACAAGCUUGGUCCUGCACAGGGUUCUUCAAAAGUGUGUAGCAAAACCUGUGUGUUCUGCCACUGAUUCGCAUUUAAACAUGUUACGCCUCAUUUUGUGUUCACCUGCUGUUGCCUGUUUUGUGAUACAAAAUAAACUUAUUUGGGAUUGUUUCA